AUGCUAAUAAAACUUUUACUAAUUAGUCUCUGUACGGCCCUUGGUUACCUGCCGUGCCAGUGUGUACCGAGCGAUCGGAUUAUUAAGCAGAUCGGAACAGAGGACGAUUUGUCAUCAAGUCAGGACGAGCACGUGGCAGAAUCUGAACACAGCUUAAACUAUAAUUGUGAUGAAAACGAAGAAUGCAUCUUGGCUGAGAGAUGUCUAAUAGAAUCCAUUGUAAAGACCAACGUUCGACAAUGUUUAACGGCGUUCAGAACGGCUGGCGUGUGCUGCUUGCUGGAUGAAAAUCGAUUAUUACGUGGUCGAAAUAAGCGCUCUAUUCAAUGUAAGAAUUUCGACCAGGUAUUUUUAAAUGCAUUACAUGAUGGUCGUCAGAUGUAUGCCAAAAAACUAGGAGGCUCCAAAAUUCCCAGUGAAACGCUUCAGGACCAACAAAAGCCAUAUUCAUCCUUCCAUCAAUUACUACAACCUGGGCAUUACGCAGUAGAGGAGGAAGAAGAUCAGCAAGCUGUCUAUGAAAAUGUAUUCACUAGCAAACAAUUUGCUGAAAUGACCAAUAUGUCGAUUGUAGAGCGACAGCUAGAUAGAUUCGAAUCGAUACCCAAGGAUCACCAGAAACGUUGCAUUCCCGCAGUUGAGUGCAAUCCACACAAUCGCUACCGUACCAUUGACGGUACUUGCAACAAUCCACACCCACAGCGGACCUCAUGGGGUGCCGCAGGUCAACCGUUUAAAAAACUUCUCCCACCUGCUUACGAGGAUGGUAUUUGGGCACCAAGGUUACAUUCAGUCAGCGGAAGGUUGUUGGCUAGCCCAAGGACAAUCUGUGCCACUAUACUACACGACGUUGAUCGACCGGAUCCUCAUUUGAAUCUUCUACUGAUGCAAUUUGGUCAGUUCAUUGUUCAUGAUUUCUCCAGAAGUUCCAGUAUUAGAAUGGGAAACGAGGAGAUUCAAUGCUGUGCGCCAGAUGGUUCACGAGCGCUAGAUCAAGCUCACUUCGCUUGCUUACCGAUCGACGUUAGUCCUAAUGAUCCAUUUUACGCGAGGUUUGGCGUUCGUUGUCUAAAUUUCGUUCGGCUUGCCUUGGCCAGCGAGGGCCACUGUCGAAUGGGAUACGCAAAACAGGUCAACAAGGUGACACACUUCAUUGACGCAUCCACGGUUUAUGGUUCCAAUGAGGACCUAGCCGCUUCCCUUCGAACCUUUCAGAAGGGACAGCUUAGAAAUUCUUUCCCAGUAGGGAUUGAAAUGUUACCAUUUAAUCAAAACCCGGGUGUAUGUGAACCAUGGGCAAAAGUUUGCUUCGAAGCAGGAGAUGAUCGGUCGAAUCAAAUCAUUUCGUUAGUUCAAGUUCACACUCUAUUCUUGAGAGAGCAUAACCGCAUAGCUAAUAUUUUAAGCCAAGUAAAUCCUAGCUGGAAUGAUGAAAUACUGUACCAAGAGGCACGCAAAAUCGUUAUUGCCGAAAUUCAGUAUAUUGUUUACAAUGAGUAUCUGCCGAUAAUAUUAGGGGUAACAAAAGCAAAGCAAUAUGGAUUGGUGGACGACAUACGUGGCCAUAGUAAGCUGUACAAUGAUAACGUGGAACCAAGCGUACUGACCGAAGUAAGCGCGGCAGCAUUCCGCUUUGGCCAUUCCACUGUAGAUGGCCAUCUUCAUAUCCAACAUCGGCAUUCUCGAGCAGAAGAUAUUCCUAUUCAUACAGUGUUCAACGAUCCUUCGAGAUUACUUCAUCCCACCAGCUUCGAUGAUUACAUGUUUUCCCUUGGGAGCCAAGCACAGCAGCAAUUGGAUGAAUUCGUUACUACUGGACUGGCAGGAUUACUUUUUGCAGGUCGUGCUCCUUUUGGUUCUGAUUUACCCUCUCUAAAUGUUCAACGAGGUCGCGAUCAUGCCGUUCGUCCCUACAAUGAUUACCGUGCAUGGGCUGGCUUACCCAAAAUUCGCAGUUUCCAUGACCUUGGUCCCAUUGGCAGUGAGUUUGCCAAGGUCUAUGAAUCUCCUGAUGACAUUGAUCUUUGGAUUGGAGGUCUUUUGGAAACUGCACUGUCGGAUGGACUGGUAGGACAAACAUUUGCUCACUUGAUUGCGGAGCAGUUUGCUAGUCUUAAAUACGGUGAUCGUUACUAUUACGCCAACAGUCCAGAAAUCAACCCGGGCGCCUUCACCUUACAUCAAUUGAAGCAAAUCCAGCAGAUAAGUUUGGCUAGUGUGAUUUGUGCCAACAUUGACCAGCGUAGAGAUUUUUAUCAAGCUCCGCGUGCCUUUUUGAAGUCUGGGCCACAUAAUCUGCCUCGUCCAUGCAAUCAGUAUCACCGUUUAGAUUUUGAUGCUUGGAGGCAUUAA